AGGCGCGCAUGCGUGGAGGCGCUCUGGCACCACCACCUCUAUGGUCGGCCGUUAGCGCGGCGCUUCCGGCGGGCGCGGGGCGUUGUGGGGGAUCGUCGAGUGCCUCUAAGUCGGCGGCGGAGCUCUGGAGCGGGGCGUGAUGUCUCACACAAUUCUACUUGUGCAGCCUACCAAGAGGCCAGAAGGCCGAACAUACGCCGAUUAUGAAUCGGUGAAUGAGUGCAUGGAAGGAGUCUGUAAAAUGUAUGAAGAGCAUUUGAAGAGAAUGAAUCCCAACAGUCCAUCCAUUACAUAUGAUAUCAGCCAGUUGUUUGACUUCAUUGAUGACUUGGCAGAUCUCAGCUGUCUCGUUUACCGUGCUGAUACUCAGACAUACCAACCAUACAAUAAAGACUGGAUAAAGGAGAAGAUCUACGUCCUCCUCCGCAGGCAGGCUCAGCAAGCAAGCAAAUAAUGGGGGCACCAUCCUUACGUGGGUUUGGGGGAGGGCUUGGACAACAGGUGUGUACAGAGUGUAGUAGUGAAAGUUUUGUAUUAUAGUCAUCCUGUUGCCAUCUUGUUAACUCUUCAGUCAGGCCUGAAUGACUUAGAGAUGCAAGGAUUUUGUUGGAUUCGACCUUUUUUUCCAGUGUAAUUGAAAAAGAAAGUGCAGCAUCUUCCACAAAGUUUUAAUUUGGUUUUGGUUUGUUUUUCCCCCCCCCCCCCCCCCCCCCCCCCUCUGGUCAACUAAUGGUCCUACCUUGUUUGAACCCCUGGGGCUGUUCACACUGUACUUCACCACACUUAUUGUAUGUGCCCUUCUGUGGGGUUUUCAGUGUUUAGUUUUUUCCUCGGGGCAGUCUUAACAGGAAAUAAACUACCCUUUAGUUAAA